UUUGCCACCUGUGGAAUCGAUUUAGUAUCGAUACCGAGCUAUUAGAUCCUAGUAUCGUACCGAAGACAAAAUUGUGGUGUCGAGCCAUAGUGUGUGUGUCUGUGUGUGUGUGUGUGUGUGUAGGGCUGUGUAGCAUGUAACACUGCACUGUGUGUUUAAAGGCCAGAAAGAAAUAAACGACUAAUAAGUAUGGAAGUUAUUUUCCGGACAAAUUUCUUGGGUUGUAUUCUUCACUAUUAUUAGUUAUUCUUCACUAUUAUUAGUUAUUCUAGCGUUCUUUUAUAUCAAGCUCCAAAAUUACCCGGUCGCGCGCGCACGCACACACACACAAACACACAUAACACACACACGCACACACACAACACACACAAACACACACACACACACACACACACACAUGCACACACAGACAAAACACAUAUGCACGCACACACACACACACACAUAACACAACACACACACGCACGCACACACGCACAUAACACAACACACACACGCACGCACACAUGCACGCACGCACACAGACACACACACAUACACGCACACACACAUAACACAACACACACACAUGCACGCACACACACUCACACACGCACACACACACUUAACCAUGCACAUCACAAUGGUUUCUCAGCAUGGACUCGGCAUUUUACUUCGUCUGCAUCUUCUUUCUUGCGCAGUGGACAGAAAGUGUAGCACCACUGAAGGCCUUGUCUCUCUGUCUGUCCAAACCCUGCCAAAAUGGUGCAGAGUGUGAAGACGACCCCUCCAGCUUUCUGUGCCAGUGCCACUCAUGGAGCAGAGUGCUGUCCAGCCUUAAGUGCACCUCCUCCAACACGCUGUGCCACCUUCCUAUGUGUCAGGGCAACAUCACAUGUCAGCCUACGGGUGCCCGCCCUGGGGAAUUAGCUUGCCACUGUGGGCACGGCACAUCUAGACAUAACUGCCAUUCCAGCGCUCAGCUUUGUGCCCAGAGAAUGUGCCGCCAGAGUGCCCGUUGUCUUGCAGUGCCACAAAAGAGCCCAGGCUACAUCUGCAUCUGUCAGCCAGGCUACACUGGCACGCUGUGUCAGCGAGAGGUAGACCAGUGUGUGCCCAACCCGUGCCGUAACCAGGCCAUAUGCCGUAACAGGCCAAAUGGGCCUACUUGCUUCUGUGUGCCAGGCUUCCAGGGCAAUCGCUGUGAGAUUAAGGUGAAUGAGUGCACAUCACAGCCCUGCACGAAUGGAGCUACUUGCGUGGACCAAAUUGGAUAUUAUGAAUGCCUCUGCAGGCCAGGGUACACAGGUGCCAGCUGUGAGGUCCAGAUCUCCGUGUGUCAAUCCCAGCCUUGCCUUCAUGGUGGACAGUGUCAUGACCACAUCAAUAGCUACUCAUGCACCUGUCCUGCUGGGUUCAAGGGGCACCGCUGUGAAAUUGAUGUUGAUGAUUGUAGAAGCCAGCCAUGCCAGAAUGGGGCUUCAUGCAGUGAUGGACUGAAUACGUCCAACAGCUACAGCUGUGACUGCUCCCAGAAUGGCUUCUCUGACUUGCACUGUGAGGUCCCUCAUCCCCCGUGCUGGUCUCAGCCCUGCUUCAACCAUGCCCUGUGCCAUGAAGAGGGAAACAACUACACCUGCAAAUGUUUGCCAGGAUUUGAGGGGAAACACUGUGAGCUGGAUGUGAAUGAAUGUAGAAGCAGUCCCUGUGUCAACGGAGCCACAUGUAUUGAGCGCUCCUGGAAAGCACAUUAUGGAUUUGAAACCUUGCUGCCUGAAUAUUAUGACCCCAGACAUGCUGCUGGUUAUGUAUGCAGGUGUCCACCUGGACUCACAGGUGCAUUGUGUGAAGAAGACAUUGAUGAUUGUGCUUCUGUUCCAUGUCACAAUGGAGGGUCAUGCCGUGACUCUAUAAACAGCUAUAUCUGCAUCUGCUCACCUGGCUACACUGGUGUUCAGUGCUCAAUGAGUACAGUUUUCUCAUUCAAGUCCGCUGGCAACCACCUGAGCUUUCAAUCGGUGCUUGUGGAUGCCGAGGCUUUAUGGAACGUUACCCUGAGCUUCCGUACUGAGUUGAAAAACACUGUACUGUUCCGGAGAAGAAGCAAAGAAGCUAGCAUCAUUCUGGAGCUGCUGGAGGGUCAUUUGCAGGCAAGCUUAAACUUAGGAAAAGAAGCAAGUGUGGAUGGUGCCAGCUGGGUACUGGAACUGCCUAAAGAAGUGGCUGAUGGAGACUGGCACACAGUGGAGGUGGCACUGGCCAAGGGCAGGCUGCUCCUGCUGCUCCACAAGCAGUGCCAGGGAGAGAACUGUGGUGCAGAGGCUCAGCUGAAGAUAGACUCUAUUACAUGGGAGUCUUCAGUACACACCAUUGUGAUUGGAAGCCAUGCAGAGGGAGAAAAUUCUGGCUCAUUUAUUGGCUGUAUGCGGGACCUUUUUGUGGACUCACAGCUGAUUAUACCAGAGGAGUGGCUAAAUGCUAUCGUUGUGAACAUCACACUCGGAUGCGAUCGUUGCUUAGACAAUCCAUGUAAAAAUCAAGCUACAUGUGUCACACUGGGGCAGAGCUACCAGUGCAAAUGUCAGCGGCCGUAUGAGGGUCAUGAUUGCACUGAGGAGUAUAUCCCGGCAAGGUUUGGUCAGGAGGACUCUUUGAGCUAUGCUGUUUUCCCUGUGAACAAUGAGUUGGAUCUGGUCAGUUUCACCCUCUCAAUGUUUUUGCACACUCAUCGAAAGUCAGGUCUGCUGCUUGCAGUGACCAACAGGACCAGCCAGUACCUGAAUGUGUGGCUGGAACAGGGGCGACUCACAGUGCAAAUCCACAGUUCCCAGACUGUAGCUUGUGAGAAUGUUGUUAAUGAUGGCUAUCUCCACCUGGUUGGCAUCUCCAUCACUGAGGGCCAGAUAAGCCUGCUGGAAUCUGAUACGGUGUGCGCAUCUGUGGAAGCCAGCCAGAUUUAUAUUCGCACUGGGGACAAAAUCUAUGUGGGCGGUAUGGAGGAUGCAGACGUCUCAGCUCGAUUUGGUGGCUACUUUAAAGGCUGCAUCCAGGACCUUCGUCUUAAUAAUUGGCGUCUGCAGUUUUUUCCUUUUAGUGUUCCUGUGACCUUCUCCAGCCCAGAACGCCUGGUUAACGUAUUGGAAGGCUGUGUUGGGGAUGAACUCUGUGCUAAAAAUCCCUGUCGGAAUGGUGGGACGUGUGUUUCACUGAGGGACAAUUUUUCAUGCAUUUGUCCCCCCAGCACAUCAGGAAGAUACUGCAAGGAUGUUCGGUGGUGUGAGCUCUCACCAUGUCCUUACCCAUCAAAGUGUAUCACAGUCGGACUGGGCUAUGAUUGUAUUUCCAGUGUAACUUUUCAGAAUGAUGUCAUUCUGAGGUACCGCAGCAAUGGCCUGAUUUCCCGCCAUCUCACCAGCAUCUCCUUCAGCAUUCGCACACGCAAACGCAACGCAUCUGUGCUCCAUGCCAAUAGCAGCACAGAUUUUGUGACUGUGUCACUACUAAAUGGUCUGUUAGUGAUGGAACUGCUUAGCAUAUCUUCCGGCUUAUCCUCUUCCUCCCCACUAAUUAUGCAUAGUACUAGACCUGUAGCUGAUGGUAAAUGGCAUAAUGUGGAGCUGUUCAUGGUUUCCCCCAAAGUCAACACUUCCAAGUGGAUCAUGCUUUUGCAAGGCAAUGUGGAAGACACUGUGACUUCCAAGUUGGAGUCUGGUAACCUGGAUUUUUUGCGAGAAGGUGUGGACAUCUUGCUUGGAGGGCAGAGCUUCAGACUGGCAGACUGGAACCUGAUUGGCUGUCUGAGCACGGUGGAGAUUGGUGGAAUAGUAUUGCCAUAUUAUGGUGCCACUGAUGUGAGGCUGCCCCGCACACAGGAAGAGCAGUUUAUUAAAAUAUCUACAGUUUCACUUCUGAGAGGGUGUAAAGGCGAUGUGGUGGCAUCCUUCAUAAACAUGCCAGACCCCCUACUCCCUGUGUCCAUCUGUAGGGAUGAAAAAUGGAACUAUAAAUGCUUCAAUGGGGGUAACUGCACUGAGACACACUUGAUGUGUGACUGCCUACCAGGCUUUACUGGACACUGGUGUGAGCAGGAUCUAGAUGAGUGUGUGUCCAACCCAUGCUUGAAUGGAGGCUUCUGCUACAACCUGGUCAACAAAUUCUACUGUGUGUGUGCUCUGAGCUACACAGGUGACAACUGCCAGAUUGAUCUGAAUGCAGACAGCAUGGCACCUAUUUUUUUGAGCUUGGCAUCUGUGGUGUUUUUCCUGGCUAUGAUAAUGGUGACUCUCAUAGUAGUACUGAAGCGGAGAGCUACACAUGGCACCUACAGCCCAAGCCGACAGGAGAAGGAUGGGUCGCGUGUAGAGAUGUGGAAUAUUGUGCAACCUCCGCCUGUGGAGAGACUCAUCUGAGCCAUCUCUCUGUCCACAAUGUUUGGGUUGUACAUAGUGUAGGUAACAGGUGCAUCACCACUCAUCCACAAGGUUUCAUCAUAUAUGAUGAAACUGAUAUACAUGUAUAUCAUGAUACUGAAGAUGAAUCAAUGGUGAUUGAAUGAAUGAAAUGUCUCCCAGAUGGGCAAAAAAAAUUGACCUGUUGCUCAGCAUGCUUCCUCCAACAUUCAGCUUUGCCUUUGACUUGGGCACAUGCUUUCCAAUAUUCUUCUCAUAUCUUAACUGUGAGUUCUCUUUCCCAUUUCCCAUCCAUAUAGUUUUGAUACCUUAAUGUUUUCUUUAUUUCUAUUUUGGAAUUUAAAAGAUUCAUCAAUUCUGUAGUGUAGUGAAUAUGUUCUUUCUGAACAUUUGAAAGACAUUUGUAGAUAUCUUAAAGUGUUAUUAUGUAUUAGAUUUUUUUUAUCCUCAUCUGCAAAUACAUCAUAUACUGAAUAUACAUCCACUUCCUCAAUAUCACAUUUUCUGACUCAGUUUUAUUUAUUUUUUUAGAUAUACUAAAUGUUCCGACUGAUAUUAUUGAUUAAUUUUCUAUUUCCUGUCAUUUAGAUUCUAUUAUGACACAUAAACAUUUAAUUAUUAAAUUCAUUUGGGGAGCAGAAAUAUAAUUAGAGGACUGGUCCACCAUUGUGGUCGUAUUUAGUACUUAUUGGAAUGGGUGUUGGUAUUGUUGGAAACCUGAGCUAAAAAUGGUCUUUUUAACCACAUCCACUCUAAAAAAUAGUUUGGUAUUUCCUCAUGUCUUAUCUCGAUUUAUUUUCUAGGCAUUAAAGCUAAUUUACAUAAAUCUUCAUCUAUUUGUACUCCUUCAUUAACAAUGAGAGUCUGCCUGAUGUAUCAACCAUUUACCUCCGCCUACUCUAAUUUAUGAUAUUUAGCAUAUUACUCAAAACCUACUUUUGCAAACUAGACCUAAGAUUUUUGGCCUAUUUUCAGAAAUUUGUUGCCAAACUUCUCAGCAGAAUAUGAACCUGAAUAAUUUUCAGAAACAUUUUGACAUUUGUAAACAAUAUGGCCACCACACAGUAAUCAAUUCUAUUGAGGCAGAGCCUAAUUUACUCAAACAGCUAUAACUUAUAAGUGCUUGAAUGUAUUUGCAUGAAACUUGAAAGGCUUAUGCAGGACAAGAUUCUAAGGCUAUAUGCAAAGCUUGGGCUGUGGCCAUUUAUAGGGGGUGGAGUUACAGUGAGAUGUUUCUCAGGAACCAUAAGUCACAUCAAGCUGAAAUUUGGUAUGCUGCAUCUAUGUGUUAAUCUGCUAGUGGAUUUUUGAUGAUGACCUAAAUAAUGUAAAAACAUGGCUGCCAUGAGCCAGUCAGAUUUAAGCAGGUAUUUGACAAAGUUAACACUGAGCUAUCAUCAUGAAACGUAUAGCACGUUUGGGAAAGGGCCCACUACUAUCUGAUGUAGUCUCACUCAAAUUAGCCACUGGGGCAAUAUUCAUGUUUGUGCAAACAAAACCAAGCAUAUCUCUUGGUAAAAAGAAGUUUACAGUUAAAUUUCUUUUCUAGCAUGAUUGUCUCACUCAAUCCAUACAAAACUGACUUUAACUCCGCCCACUCAAAUGAAAGCGCGAACACAAAUGUCUUCAGUAUAUAGCAGAAAGAACUGUCCUUGCCUUUCCAGUACUUUCGUAGGGGACAGUAGCUGAAAUUAGAUGAAAUAGGAGACAAUAAAGACUAAAAUGCUACAAAAUAGCAUCAUGAAAUUUGAUGUACUGUGCUAGAGAGCUCUGAUUUUGCUGUUAGAAAACUGAGAGAGGUGGAUGAUGGGGCAGAGCCUGAAGCUAUCAAUCAAACCACGAAAGAUUUCCUGGACGAGGCAGAGGAAAUGAUUGACCGGCCUCUGCUGUGAGCAGUAAACAUAAUCUCAGAAUAAUGUCAGAUAAAAUGAAAAACAAUAACUAAAAAAGCUCAUAUUAAUGUUGCUGUGGUGAUGAACACAGUUAACUUGUAUUAAUAACACACAAUACUCCACAGCUACUACCCCUUAACAAAAUGCUGAAAAUGUUUAUUUUAAUUUGAAAUUUAUUUAUUUAUUUAUUUGUUGACUGAUUGAUUAUAUACAUAUAUACAUACAUACAGUGGGGUCCCAAAGUCCCGCUAGUGAAAAUCUGGGAUUUUUUUUUUCUAUUAAUAUUGAAAAUAAAGAGUGAAAUAUUUCAAACAAUAAAUGUUUAAUAUCUUGAAUAUUUAAUAUCUUGAAUAUUUAACGCACUAUUUCUUGGUCCCUAUUUAAAUGUAAACAAAUGUGCGAUAAUGCCCAUGUUAACUGCUUUGUACAAAGGGUCAUAUUUUCCUCAUGCUUAAUCUCUUCUACUGCAAGGUGUUUAGACGGCACGCCGAUGGAUUUGAUCUAAAAUGGAUCAUAAGUUUUUGCAUUUCCAUGCCAGCCUGAGUGCAGCCUGUCAUUAAAGUAAAAAGGGGACAUACCAAAUACUUAGAAACUCUUUUCACUCAAGAUUCUACUUCUCACUCAAGUUGUUGUCAAUAAUUCAUUUGUAAUUAAUUUUUUUGUAUUAAAUUAGAAAAGAAUGCAAAAUAGAAGCAUUUUCACUAGUGCUCUCAGACUUUUGGUCCCCACUGUGCGUGUAAAUACUGGAUAUAUAGGAUGUUCAGGAAAUCUUUAAAGGCUUCAGCCUCUCUCUCUCUCUCUCUCUCUCUCUCUUCUGAGCAAUAUCUAAGUUUAGUUUUUUUCACUAAAUUGUAGCAGACCUGGCUUGCUCCUGGACUGUUCAUAAACCUGAACUAUGUAAAAUCGGAGACUCGUCUUCAACAACCUCGGCCUCCUUUUUAGUCUGCUUUCAGAAGAAAGCACAUAUGUCCAUGUCAGCAGUCUCUCUCUUUACUUCCUUCGUGCUUAGUGUGGAGGCACUCUCAGGGGAGAAGCCUGACCGAUACUGCAGGUGCUGCAGUAUAAACCUUUUAACUGACAGUAGCUGUAAAGGAAAGUGCAUUGUUUUAAUGAACCUUAGAUGGGGAAAAAAAAUUCGGCACUGACAACAAAACAUUCAGGGAUUAAGCCCUGAAGGCUCACCUCUAGCAAUGUCCAUGGACAGUCACUAUUUGAAGGCAAACAGGCUGCACUUCAAAAAGGAUCUGAUGAUGGCUGACUGAGCUGCAAGAGCAGACCUAUGGCCUCAGGUGGAGGAAGGCCAGGAAGGCAGGCAUGAAAGCAUAUUACAUUGGGAGCAAGGACGGUAGAUGGCACUUACUUGUUGCUGAUGGCACAAUAUAGAUAUAAAUACAAUAUAAAUCAAUAUAUUCAGAUAAAUAUUCAAGGCUACAACUGUAGAUUUCCAGUGAAUUGUUUUUUGAUAAGCUGAUGGACAAAGUCUUAAAUCUGUUAAGUAAAUAUAGAAAUGCCAUGAUAAUUUGUGGUGGUGGAUAUUUAUAUUGCUCUAAAUGAUAAUUUGGAUAGAUGGCCAACUAAUAAUAGUUUUUCACUGAUGAAUAAUACCAUCCAUAGAUUUAGUUCUGGUCUUCAGCUUAUUGAUAUUUGGAGAGAGAAUAAUUGUGAUUUCUCCUUGUGUAACGGGUUUUAUAAGUUAUUUUAACUUAUUACAUUUCACUUAAAAUCUCCACUUUUCAAUUUAAUUAUUAGUAGGGGAAAAUUGUUUAAACAAUUAUUUUUCUAUUUCUAUAAUUUUCUGCAUUUUUUGUGGGGUGAUCACCCUGACUAUGUCAUCAAACGUAUCUCUUCAGUGUGUUUGGUAUACGUCUGUAAAGAGGUGGCUGAAAUUCAAGCUCCAGUUAACUGUUAAAAAUGUUCAAUAUAAUGUAAAAAGUUUUUAAAAAUUUGAAUAUGAAGCAAAAUACUACUGGAUAUUUGUACCUGGAUGUUUCGUAGCUAUAUUUUGUAAAUUUGUGAAUGUACAGUAUUACUAUUAAUGCGUGAGACGUUUUGGCACACUACAGCUGCCUGUACUGUGUGUGAGGCUGACUCUCCCUCAUCCUUUCUCUGCUUUUCUGGGUGCACGCUUUAGAGAGACUAAACACAGGCAGACACGAGCAUUGGUCUAACUUUCUCACUACAUUUCGGUUUUAUUCUUCCAGGUCUGUUCUUAUUUGCUCUUAUUAGAGAAGAAUUUUCAUGUUGUUUAUCUGUUUUUAUAUUUGAAGGUGUUUAUCUAAAAGAAAAAAAGGCAUUACAAAAGCUGGUGACAACAGAAAACCAAUUUAAGUAUGAGAUUAAACCAUGGUCAAGAAGUCGUAUUUUCAUAUUUGUGCAUGUUUAUUUGUAUAUUUUUCAUAUGAAGUGGAAAAUAAUGAGUAACGAUAUUCAAAUCUGUUAAUUUGGUAUGUAAUGUAUUUUUUUUUAUACAUUGAAAAACCUUUUUAGAGCAAUUCAUGGUUUUGUAUUUUUUUUUCUUCUUUUUCAUUUUUUCCUUAAAGAAGAAAAACUAUCCAUAUUGUACUACGUAGCUUCUAACUGAAUUAGGUAUAAUCUGAAUUUGAGAUUUAUAUAACUGAAAGCACUUCUAGAGUAAUUCAUUCACCCACAUAAAGAACUGUACAGUACAGUCACUCUGUUUGGUAUACGGCUGAAGUGAGAGAGACUAAAUGCAGGCAGACAUGAGGCUUGGUUUAAUUUUCUCACUGCAUUUCUGUUUAUUCAUCCAGAGUGUCCUCUAAUAAAUGACAUCAGCGGUUGGUACCAGCACCCAAGACUCCUGAGUUUUCCUUCAUAUACACAAUGCAGAGUAGUCAUGGCUGGCUUCUCCACUUGCUCUUGCGCUUACACAAGACCGGCUAUACUUGCAGUCUCACACUGAUUAUUGGCUGAUAUCAGAGGAAUUAAGAUUUAAGGUCACACAGGUCGAACUAGAACCAGCUGUCCUUACAGAUCAGAAGAUCAUUACAUUGACCAUUGUCAUAGAUAGCAGCACCUACAAAAACACCUUUUGUAAAGAAUACUGAAUGUUGAACAAUUCCCUAUUACAUAAGGAUAUUUUUAGACAAAAAGUUAUUGAAAUAAUCAAUUCACAAUUUAAACAAGCAAUGGUAAUUAGUUGAUAUGGUGAGCCUUGGGAAAUAUAGGGUGAGGAAACUAGCGAUUGAAAUUAGUAUAUGAAAUUUGAGUAUUUGAUGUUUGUAGGGGUUCAGUGAAAUGUAUUUUACAGUUAAAUGAGGUAUCCUAUGUUUUUGUUUAUCAAGGCCUAAAUAACAAUUGUGUGGUCCUUCAGUCCUAUGUGGUUCAUCAUGUAACCUCAGGUGACAAAAAAAAAAAAAACAUAUUUCAAUAUAUAGUCAUUUUUUCCAAAAAGUAAACCAACAUUCAGAAACCAGGUGGGAAAAAUAAGUACACCCUAUAAAUCAUUAACAUGUAGAACCACCUUUAGCUACAAUAACAUGAAGUAAACAUUUUCUGUAGGAGUUUAUACGUUUUGGAGAAAUUUUAGCCCACUCUUCUUUACAACAUUGCUUCAGUUCAUUGAUGUUUGAGGGCAUUUGUUUCUGCACAGCUCUUUUAAGCUCCUGACACAGCAUCUCAAUGGUGAUAAGGUUUGGACUUUAACCUGGUCAUUCCAACACCUUGAUUUUUUUCUUCUUUAGCCAAUCAAAUGUUGAUUUGCUGGUGUGCUUACAAUCACCCAGCGGCAGGUCAAUCGUUUCCAAGAGAAUGUUUAUGAACUGACUGAUGGCUCCAGCCUCCGCCCCAUCAUCCAGCUCUUUCAGCAUCCCUGUUUUAAAAUAAUUAUCAUUCUAAGUUUUCAGCAAAAUCAGCGCUCUCUAGCACAGUACUCUCACAUCCACCAGAAACUCCCACAAUUCUGCUCUUCAACACAAGACUUCCACAUUGGACUCAAAUUCCCAGCAGCUUACUGAACUACAAACGACAUCACAUGUUCAAACACGUUAUCCAUUCAUCCGAUCACAAUUCCCAGACUUUAAAGUGACUCACCUGUCUUCAAACUCACAUACACUUUAAAUAAACUGGACUCUCAACAUUCUGCACAAGGUUUCGAGCCUAGCUUUUCUAGUGUCGACUCCAAGCCGACUAUUCUUUGUGCAUGAUAUUCCUGUUUUCUUGAUUCUGGUUUAUUCUUAAACUUCAAAUCUGGUUUUGCCCCUUUAUUCCUGUUUGCUGCUUUCCUGACCUCUUGCACAUUUGUUGAAUACAAGUUGGAUUUCCCCUUUUGUUUUGUCUGGCAUUCUCUAAAUAAAUCCUGCAAUCUCACCAUUGCCACAAGUACAUCAAAUUUCAUGCUGCUAUUUUGAAGCAUUUUACUCGCGUUUAU